UCGUCGUCUCCUGUCGUCAGCAGCAGCGGCAGCAGCGUUGAUCCAGACUAUCUGAAAUUACUGAAACCACCCGUACCGGUUCACGAGGGCCUGAUCAACGUUCAAUUGAAAGGCUACGACUUCCCCGUCUUGGAACGACAGGCACGUCGAGUGCUCAAAUUGGUCUCAAAACUCAAUUUGACUCUCAGUGAGGCUUGGCCGACACCUCUACGAAGCUUCAGGGUGCAAACCUUCAAACCGCAGUCGACAACCGUCGACAAAAGCUAUGAUUUGCCGAUCUACGAACGCAACGUCCAAAUCGCAAUGGUGCCGGGAUUCCUUCUGGGUACUUUCAUCGAUCUAGUGCAGAAGAACUUGGCGGUAGGAGUCACGGUGAAUAUCCAUCUGCACGGACCGGAGCAUCUAGAAAUUCGGCAGAUCCCCGAUCUCGAGUUGGAGGCGUUGGAGAGACAGCUGGAAGAGUUGACGGGUACGCCGAUUAAUCCCCACCAGAAGAAGCUCUAGAUAGGCAUGAGGGAGUCUGUGGGAGUUUUAGAAGAAUAAAAUAUCUGAGAGUUUUUCUCGUACGUUAU